AUGGCCCCGGUUUUAAAUCCAUUCACAAGUCUUCUCAUUUCACCCGCCGAGCUACACCAUGAAUUAUCCAGCAACCAGAAGGACUAUCGAAUCAUCCCAGUAGCAGCUGGACGAAGUCCAACUCUUCUAUCUUUUGAAUCACAACAUGUCCCAGGAUCUAUGUUAUACGCCUCUCUGGAAUAUAUCACUUACCAAAGAAAAAGUUUCUUCAACAUGGACUUGAUCCGAGAUACCAGGUCGGAAUACCCAGUGAUGUUGGCAGAUUCCACACACUUCGCUAAGUGUAUGACUGAUCUUGGUAUUCGUGGGGACGACAUACUAGUCAUAUACGACACAUGUGAGAUUGGUAUUUACUCUUCGCCCCGGGUCGCUUGGAAUUUCCUUCAUUUUGGCCACCAAAAUGUUCAUGUCCUGAACAACUUCCCGCAAUACAUUCAAUCAGGAUAUCCCAUCUCUACUGGGAAAAUGUCACCAUCCCUUGUUUACCUUGGUCCUGGUUCCUAUGAGAUACCCAAAUCGAUCAAUAUGAACGAGAUCAUCACAUUUGAAGAGCUCCAACAUCUCCUACUUUCAAAUGAAGGCAGAAACAAAUAUCAAAUAUUAGAUGCCCGGCCGCCAAAUCAGUUCUCUGGGCUUGAUCAUGGUGCUUAUGCUUCACUGAGAGCAGGACAUAUGCCUGGCGCAUUAAACAUUCCUUUGACCUCCAUGCUGGAUGCCAAUAAGGUGCUCUUGCCUACAUCAGAGUUGAAAAAGAUUUUUGCAAAUGCUGGGGUAAAGGGUGAUCUACCAGCUGUGAUGACCUGCAACUCUGGCGUGACUGCUUCGGCGUUGAUUCUCGCUUUGCAUAUCUGUGGUUACGAUAUUGAAACAAGGUUAUAUGAUGGAAGCUGGAUGGAAUGGGCCAUUCGAGCAAAAGAUGAUGGUCUGAUAGUAACGAAUUAG